AACCGUGCACGUCGACAGUUUAGUCGAGACACGAACACGCAUCACACAGGAUCGAGAAGCGACGGGAUCGCGCUAUUACCGAGAUUACGUGCAAACCGAGCUGUCCGUUUGUGUUUACCCGAGACGACGGUGUGCGGUUGAUCGUUAGCAAAAAGGGGGGUCUCAUUGCCAGCGGGGCAAUGCAUUAGCAUGCGUGCCUAGAUAGUGCUUUCGGUGUGGCCCAGUGCUCUAGAUUGCUGUUGUGAUGUGGUAAGGCGGCAUGUUGUCGGUGAAGUUAGAAAACAAGUGAUUUAUACAAGGCUUAAAACAAAGCAGCAGGGUUGCGAUCUGUUUUGUUUUGAAACUGCAUGUGAUAGCAAAAGAUUAAGAAGCAUGAUGUCUCCGGAGAGUAAUGGAGAGCAGGAGCUCGGUACAGUGUUUCCGGUGAGCCGUGGCAACUGCUCCUCGCCAACGGCCAUCAAAAGGAUGCGUUUUGCCAGUGUCGAUGAGGACGCAAGCCAUGGUUCGAGUGUGUCGGAUGUGGGGAAAGCGCUAAACUAUCAUGCCGCCCACAGUGGCGGUGCAUGCGCAAAGGAUCCCUCGAACAGUGGUGACGCGUUCGAGGACGACGAGUACGAUGGGCCGGCAGCGCUCGAGUGUACGGCCGGAAGUGAUCGCAGCAGCAGCAGUUGCACGACAGUGAUCUAUGGUGCUGGUGGCAAGUGCACGGAACCGAUCGAUAACAAUAAUAGUCCGCUCAGUGGCAAUAACAACAAUCGGAACGCUAGCGGUGGCAGUGGGCCGGGUGGCAGUGUUGGGAGUGGUGCCGGUGGCAUUGGUACGAUCCUGCACAACAAUAACAACUCGAUCACGACCCGGUUGGGUGAGAUGGAGGAGGCGAAGCUGAUCGAGUUUAGCAAGUUUUUCGCGGACAGUGAGAAGGACGAAAAUAUGGCAACGAUACUGGAGCUGCUGCAUGAUAACUACGGUUUAAUACAGCUCUACUCAUCCGGGUACGAGUGUAAACACGAUAAAUGCCAGUACGAAAACCUGCACGAACAUUUCCACUGUCACGACACGUUCUGCCGGGGGAAAGUGCUGUACAAAAAGUACGAAAUCAUUCGACAUCUCAAGUGGCACAAGAAGCGGAAAGAGUCACUUAAGUAUGGGUUCUACCGCUUCUCCUCGUCGGACGAUUGCAGCAUACAGUACGGGGCGUGUCAGCAUAAUCAUAAGCAUACGCACUACCACUGUGUGCACGAUAACUGUGAUAAGGUGUACAUUAGCACGAGCGAUGUCCAGAUGCACGCCAACUACCACCGGAAGCAUGAGGCGAUCGUCAAGAAUGGCUUUCAACGGUUUCGGGCGACGGAAGACUGCAGCACGGAUUACUGUAUGUUCCGGACGCAACGGACGACACAUUUCCACUGUCGGCGGGAGAACUGCAAGUACACCUUCAAGAACAAAGCUGAUAUGGAGAAACACAAAACGUACCAUCUGAAGGACGAGAUGCUGCUGAAGGAUGGUUACAAAAAGUUCCUUAAGACGGAAGAUUGCACCUACAAGGACUGUAGGUUUUCGCGUGUAUGCAAUCACAUUCACUGUAUGCACGAAAACUGUCACUACGUACUGCACUCGAGCGGGCAGCUCUUAAGCCAUAAGCGAAAGCACGAGCGAAUGGACACGGAGGUAGACUAUAGGCGUUAUCAGAUGGCACGCAAUCUGCUUACCAAAUUUAACCAAAGUAAGACGGAUGAGGGCAGCAAACCGGUUGGCGACGUGACGCCCAGUGUUCCAGAACGAUCACCGGCGAGGGAAGAGGAAGUGAGGAUAUCCCCAGGACAAACGAUGAGUCAGGAAGGCACGGUGGCGAAGAAUCCUUUCCUCGAUCUGCUGGCGGUGAUGGCUGAGAUCACCUUCCGGACGUUACCGUUGCAGAUGAUGUAUCAGAUGCGGUUGCAGCUGUUGCAGCAGAUGAGCUACGAGCAGGUCUUUGCACCGGACAAUGUAGAGAUGCUACGAAACCUAAGCGUGAUGGGGAACAUUGAAGAGGCUUACCUACAUCAGCUGUACGGUGGUAGAUUAAUGGGAGGACCUUUGGUAGAGGGUCUCAACAACAGCCCGCAGCAACAUAGUCCUGUAAGCUAUGCGCAUGAUAAACCACCACCAGCGAAACGGAAAUAUAAGCCACAGGAAGCGACAGAACAGCUUGAACCUACGGGAGAGUUACCGCUGUAUAUGAAGAAGGAACCGCUCAGUAGUACACCGCCCCGAUCGAAACUACUCUCCAAUCCAACGGUAGACUAUCGAUUGCUUAAGAAGGAAGACUCUACCCCUUCGCAGACAGCAACCUCCUCGAGUGCGAUUGAAUCCCCGGCGAGUGUAGAUCGCGAUCGUGCGUUACUGGAGACGGCCAACUUCCUGCAGUUCAGCUCGAGCAAAACGCUCUUCAAUCGGAAGCGUGGACGUCCACGGAAGAACCACGUCAUGGAGGUGUACAAUAACGUACAGGAUUCACCACAAGCCAUCUUUACUAGCUUCAAGCUGGAGAAGAAUGAUCCCCGGUCUACGGCUACGUCUGAAGUACCAACGGCCACUGUUCCUUCGCCGAUGAUAGAUGCGGAACGGAAUGGAGGGCUGGAGGCUGGAGGAAGAGGUCACGGUCCAUCCUCUGGAUCUGUCACGGGAAAGAAUCAAGCUCAGCAGCACUAUGUCCCAACUGGGGCUAGCUUUAUGGGUUCGAAUAGUGGACCAACGUCUCAUCUGGGUGGAUUUGACUCGGCGGCAAUCUUUGGCAACUUUUCUCAGCUGUUGGAGCGUCAUAUGCGUGAGGUGCCUCAGAACUUGGAUUCAGCUCCACCGGAGAAGGCCCGAAACCACCUCAAGUGCGUCGUCUGUCGGAAUCUGUUUGAGACGUUUGCGGACAUUAAGAAUCACGAAUGUCGUGGUGAUCGUGCUGCACUGGAUAAACCUUUGCUUGCGUUUCCACCACCGCUAGCCCAUCACACCGGUCAGUCGGCAUUGGAUUAUCGAAGCACCGUCUUUCCCAGUCCCGAGCUGGACGGUGCCGCAUCGUCUCGUGUCGCAGUAGUACCUUCACUGUUGACCUCUGUCAGCUCUCAACAAGCGCGAGAUUCGGUGUCGCUGGUUAAAACGGCCGGUACCUUCUUUCCCGAUGUAAAUGCAAACAAGCUCAAGUAUGCGUAAGGUGUGACGUUGCGUUGUAUGCAUGCACGCUGUAAAUAGAGGAAUGUGAGGAACUGAGUUAACCAUAGGUUUUAGAGAAACUCUGCACUGUACUGUGUCAUAAAGCGCGAGGUACCAGAGAUCCCCAAUAUCCGGGGCUAUAGUCGGCCAUAGUCGGGAAAGCUUGAAGUGCUCUCUGUUGCAGUAGAAAACGUAGAAAACGUAUUGGUUAAGGUGACGUAGUGUAGAUGUUCUCCUUUGACGUGAUGUGACUGAAAAAAGUAGAAAAAGACAGGCCAUGUGAGUACUAUUGCGUGUUGAGUAGUGAAGAAGUAUUUUUUUUUUUUUGUGGAGCUAGAGACAAUAAAUAUUUAAAAUAGUGAAAUCUAAACAA